AUGAGGCUGCAGAGGGGCUGGACCAUGCAGAUACCCCUGUUGCUGCUGGGGCUGCUCAGCCUGAAGAAUCCACUUGUCUAUGCCCAGGACCAGAGGUACCAGGAUUUGGUGAAUGAAUUCAUUCAGGAAUACAACAUGAAAUCAGGAUCAGAAAACCUAAAAGAAAACCUGUUUCGUUCCUCAAUCCUGAAUCUGCAGUCUGGGGAAAACAAGGAUCCUGCUGCUUCUCGACUUCUGAACUUCACCAUGAGAGAGACUGUGUGCCCCAAUACUGAAAAUCCCAAUCCAGAUGAAUGUGACUUCAAGGAAAACGGGUUGGUGAAAGAAUGCAUUGGAGCCAUUGCUUUGGAUUCUCCUAAGCCCUCUGCUGAUAUUUCCUGUGAUGGGCCUGAAAAGAACAAGAGAAUUGGACUUUUCAGACUCUUUCGGGGCCUAUUGAGGAGAGUGGGACCCUUCUCCCUGGGCUUAUACUCCCCGGGCACCCCUGUCUACAAGCUAUCCCCACCCCCACCCCAUUGCUACAUCCUCCUGGAUGGUCUUUCCCUGGUGGUCUGGGUGGAGGCAGCCAUGAUUGUGGCCUGGACAAAGCAAGAUAUUCAGUCAGGUCUGAGAAGUCCAGGAGGAGCAGGUCAGGUUGCCCUCUCCUACCAGCUCCCGGGAACUGGUGAAUUUUUAUGCUCACCCAGAGGCCCAUCUGUACUCCCUGUGUUUGAGGAAAGCAAGGGACUCGGGGAGAAAAAUCUUUACCAGCUCUUGCUGAAGCUGCAGGUAGCCAAGGUGACCAAUUGCUUCAAAUGA